AUGGCUAAAAGAAUGCUAAUCAUAGAGAGAACUAAUCAUUAUUCACGUUUUGUAUAUCUUCAUAGAUUGAAUAUAGCUGGAAAUUUAUGGUGUCUCUCGAGUCUAUUUUAUGCAAAAAUCAUUUUUGAUGGUAAAACAGAUAAAUUUUAUAGGAAUUCGAAAUGUGUUACAGAGCAGACCGAAUUAUUAAAAAUUGAAAGAACUCAUAGGCCAAAAUUAUUUGAUAAUUCAAUUUUUUGCGAUUCAAUUUCAUUCUUAGCCGAUGAAUUUGGAUGUUUUGAUUUAAAUUGGAAUGAAGAAAAAGAAUUGCAAAUGUCACAGGGAAAAAAGCGCAAUCCGGUUUCACUCUCCACGUCACAGAAAAGCGCAAUCUGGUUUCACUCUCCACGUCACAGAAAAGCGCAAUCUGGUUUCACUCUCCACGUCACAGAAAAGCGCAAUCUGGUUUCACUCUCCACGUCACAGAAAAGCGCAAUCCGGUUUCACUCUCCACGUCACAGAAAAGCGCAAUCUGGUUUCACUCUCCACGUCACAGAAAAGCGCAAUCUGGUUUCACUCUCCACGUCACAGAAAAGCGCAAUCUGGUUUCACUCUUCACGUCACAGAAAAGCGCAAUCUGGUUUCACUUUUCACGUCAUAGAAGGCAUAAUCUGGUUUCAAUUUGCGCGUCACAUAAAGAAUUAUUUAAAAAUAAUUCAAUCGGAUGGAAAUAUUAAUCGGAAAAGAACAAAGCUAAUAUGCAUAAAAUUGGAAACAAGAUAUGGGUUGCAUUAUCAAAUCUUAUCAGUGUAA